CUUACCCUGCUGCUUUUAACCAGUGCAGCUCUGGGUCUCUGUCUCCGCUUUAGUAGAGCUCAGGCACUCUCAGCCAUGCUCUCCCGGACUGCAGCUCUCUGACUAACUUCUCGCUAAAGGAAUGGGCAGACUGAUGGAGGUGGACAUGGAGGUGGCUGCUCCUCCACCACCCUCAGCUGAACGUGAGGAGCAGUCAUUCGAGAGGAAUGCGCUGGCAUCCGAGGAAAGCUCCCAUUAUUUAAGAUCAGUGAGCAGCGAGUCGAGCUCAUUCAUCAUGGUUCAGCCUAAAACCCGUCUGGAGGCGCCGUCCAAGCUGUGGAUGAUCAUGGUUAUAACCGUCAUGAUUGUUCUCCAGGUUGCUUCGACCACAGGACUCCUCAUCUAUCUAAACAUGUCCAUGGCUCAAGUGCGGAGUGAGGGUGUUUCUGAAGAGCUUCGGUGUCUGGGGCUGCUGAACGCUCUGGAAAAAGAGCAGGAGGUGCCUGAUGGCCUUGUACAGCUAUUUGGUGAACCGUGCAUCAAACUGGCUGAGGGAAUUAAGGCAUAUAUCUCCAAGGUAACAGAAAACAUCAUCUCCCAGCAUGUAUUUCAAGAAAGACAAACAGCCCCACCACAGACAACAUUUCUCACUGGCGGGAAUUCACGCCCUUCUGCUCAUCUUACUCUCAGAGACAGUGGUUUACAGGGCCCAACAUCUCUAACCCCUCAGCCGGACCUGCAUCAGUCCUGCCGUCACCCUGUGCGCUCCUGGGGCAACCAGAGCUUUGGCUCCCACCUCCACAACAUGACCGUGUCUAACGGCCGUCUGCGCAUCCCCAAGGCUGGGCGCUACUACCUUUAUGCCCAGGUCUACUUCCGCUACCUCACCCUGUCUAGCAGCGACCGGCAGUCUAGUUCUGAAAGCCACCAGGUGGUUCAGUGCGUGUACAAGAAGACGGCGUACGCUCGGCCCAUUCAGCUGCUGAAGGGAGUCGGCACUAAGUGCUGGGCUCCGGACAGUGAGAACGCGCUUCACUCAGUUUAUCAGGGAGGACUUUUUGAGCUGCGGGCGGGUGACGAAAUCUUUGUGUCUGUCUCCUCGCCCUCAGCUGUGCAUGCAGAAGACUCCUCGAGCUACUUCGGGGCGUUCUGCUUUGACCUGUGACCUCCAAAGUAGUGGGCGGUGGUUUUGUUUUCUUAUAUGAGCCAGAGACAAAUGAGUCUUUCUGGAGUGACCCAGAUGAGGACUGUGAGAAAAAGGAAAAUCGAGAGGAUUUAGGAAGUCAUCCAUGGCUUCCUGUUUACUCAAAAACCUCCAUGGAGCAGCGAGCGCUGGUGACUCAAAGGCUUAACAGUCAGCCAGCCAGCUUCAUGGUGUACAAAUGCCACAGACGAUUAUCAAAACCAGUUGGAAAAGGAAAGUGGUUGCAUUGCGGUUGUGGUAGAAUGUGGUGACGCCUGUGUAGAAGGCCAAGCUGCUUUCCUGCCACAAUUGAGAAGUGUGUGUGUGUGUAUACUCUGGAUUUUGAAUUUUUUAACUUUAAUUUAUAUACUGAAGAACUUUUCAGCAAUCGCUGCUUUUGUUUAAAGCCACUGUGACUAUAGAAACCCCAGAUCCAACAGCAUGACAGCUGAAGUGAGGUUUCCCCCUCAUAAAAUGUGCAACAGGACCUUAAAUAAGGCGCUCUCUGGCACGGAUGAUCUGGAGCUCAUGGGAAAGCAGCAGAGGAAUUUAGUGAACUCUGUACGUAUUAGUGCAGAUGUGAAGAGUGCUGCCAGAUGCGUGGAAAAUAUGUACUCGUCCGGGUGGAUAGACAUGCUAGGGACUUGUGCUCACAGCUGCUUGUCUCUUUUUCUGUGAUGGAGACUCUUAAAUGCCCAGAGGAAGUAAGUAAAAAAAAAUCAAAGUAGCAAAACUACCGAACUGUGCCUAAUUUAAUAAUAUAGUGAAUUUACUUGAUUCACAUUGGUUCCAUGUGAGUAAAAAACAAAAUGCUUCAGUUCAGUGUUGUUCUUAAACAUAGUCAUUUCUAGGGAUGUUCCGAUCCGAUCCAUUGAUUUAGAACUAGGGUUGAUUCGGGCAUAUUUAAAAGAAUUGGGCAGUGGUUAUUCAAAUCUUGUUCCAGUUUUGAGCCUUUGUUUUAAUCACAGUGUUCAGAGUGCCAUGUGGUCUCCUGAAAAUGCCAUUAACAGACAUAAGAAGCUAAAUAAGGGAGUUAAGUUAGAGUCUGCACUGUGAAUCAUAACAUAACAUAGCAUUUCGAUAAACAACAGAUAUUAGUCCAAAAUGCUGCACUUUAAAAAGUCACUACUAAAUUAAAUAAAUUAGUUCAGAAUUAUAUAAAAUAAAAAUAGCUGAAAGAAUUACAAAAAAAAAAAUAACAUGAAUUUACUUCAGUAUUAAUCAGAAGCACAUCUUACUUAAAAACUGUGUGGCUGCAUUAUUUAUACAAACACAAAGAUCAGAUUCAGAUCUUUAAGGUAUCAGAGAUACUGGUUGAUAAUCUACAUUAAGAGGCACAGAUCAGAUCAGGGGGACUAAACAACCUGAUUGGAACAUCCCUAUUAUUUCAGAUGGUUUUCAUGUUUUGAUCUCAUUUGAAUGAAGUUAUUUCUUUAAAUUCAAGGCAAGAACAGACAAUGCUUAACAUUUUUUUCUACAUGUACAGCUAUUUAUGAACAUUCUGGCCAUUAGUGAACAUCAGUGUAAUCUCUGUGUUUGGUUGUACCCAUAGACUGGAAUAUGUCAGUAAAUAAACAACUGUGCCAUAUUAUAAUAGUGCCACUUUUUCAGUGAGAUGCAUUUUAACUAAAACCACUCUGUUCAGUGUUCACAACUGAUUGUAAUCUUAUAUUUAAUGUGAACAGUCUCUUGCACACAAUCACCAUCACUGUCUAGCUUCAAACCUUCAUUAGUAACUGCAUCACUGUGGGCCUGAGGCCAUCUUCAGGCCUCAAUGUGAUGUGAAUCAUAAUGGGAAGCACUGCGUCACUCAAUACUCACUAGACCCCCAAACCCUCAAGACCCCCUGACAGAAAUUCACAUUGAAUCACCAUAAGUUUCAUCCAGAACCCACAUGAUUAAACUACAGAGAAGACCCCUGAGGGGGUGUCUGUGUAACUAAAUAUAAUUAAAAAAAAAUGUAUUAAUGUGCCAAGUGAAAAAAAGAGUUCACCUUUUCUCUCAGUUUUUUGCAUUCUCUAAUUAUUUUUACUCUAAAAUGAAAUGAUGCAUAUGCUGUAGCUAACUUUUUUAAGUAAAACCCUAUGUCAUGGGUUUCCUAACACUCCUAAACAAUUAAACCUUUUCCACCCUUUUUUUUUAGGAAAAUACUGCCAUGAUGUUACAAUACAAUACAUGAUUAAAUUACUCACUUUUCCAGACAUCAAAA